AUGUCUCCCUCUCUUCCAAUCGUGGUCUGCGCCCUAGAUGCCGAAAUCGGCAAGCCGGUCUCCGAGCUCCUCCUCCCCGACUUUGAAGUAAUCCACUUCAUCCAAAGCCUCACAGCAGCCCAAUCUGAAAUUCCACGCCUCCUCGCCGGCGAGGACCCACAGUCCCCACACGUCGACGAUGUUGGCACAAAAGAUUUUAGCAGACCGGUGCGCGCGAUCAUAUUCGGUCGUGGAUUUGACCUGAAGGAUGUUGAGGCGCUUCGCGAGAAGGUUGCCGGUAUCUCGUUAGAUCCUGUUGUUUGGAUUGCUGGGGACCCCAGUCGUAGCUUGCCUCCUGGCGCCGUGCCGCCGCCUAAUUUUCCUCAGCUUGUGGCUGGCGUUGCUAGGAAGUUGCUUGUUUAUGUUCUUGGGGCUCAGAAAUAA